ACCGGAAGUAAAACAAAUGCACGAGAGCCGGCCGUGACUGUGACUUUUUGUCUGCUCCACUUCUCAUACAGAGUGCGGUUUUUUUUCUUUUUUUCUAUGCCUUUUGUCGGAGAGAAAGCUCUUCCUUUUUUUUAAGAAGCAAUACUAAUACUUGUUCGCUGUGAGUGUGAAACAAUCAUUCAGAUGCAUCCCCGUGAACAUGCGUCCUGCGGAUAACUCAAAGAGAAUAACAGUAGUUUAGGAAAGAGACUGAGACUUUGUUCGUUCUACGAGUCUGGGAACCAGUUGAUUGUCGUGGAGCGGAUGGAACGUGGCCCCGGGAACCCGAAAGCGGCGCCCGGAUCCGAAGCCGAAGCUGGCUGCGGCUGCUAUGGAAACGAGAGGGCGCGUGAGCAACCGUCCAGUCUCCAGCUCAGCCCGGCGGAGCCCAGCCUGGCGAGAUCCCGCUGGAAAAUGCUGCAGCGGGUGCUGAAACAGAAGAGCAUAGAUCAAGAAAAUCUGCUGCAGAUUUCUAUCAGAAGAUGUUUGACUUUCAACAUAUUUUCUACAAAUGUGUUGAAGAAAUUGGAGUCAGAUUCUGAUAAUGAAAUGUGGGUUGAAUAUGCGUGCAUUCCCUAUCCACAGUAUAGGGUGUAUUUAAGACACAGUGUUGGCCCUCUGAAUGUUGAAGAUGUUCUCACCAGUUUUGACAACACAGGAAAUGUCUGUAUUUGGCCUUCAGAGGAGGUUUUGGCUUAUUACUGUAUAAAACAUAAUAAUAUGUUUAGAGGCCUUGCAGUUUGUGAGCUGGGAGGUGGAAUGACAUGCUUGGCUGGUCUCAUGGUUGCUAUUUCUGCAGAUGUCAAAGAACUUCUAUUAACUGAUGGGAAUGAAAAAGCCAUCAAAAAUGUUAGUGACAUUAUUGAAAGAAACAAAAAGCAUGGACUAUUCACGUCUUCUUCUGUUUCAAGCCGAAUAAUGCGAUGGGAUAAUGAGAUGGAUGUGUCUCCUAUGGAAGGACAUUUUGAUGUUAUUAUCUGUGCUGACUGUUUGUUUCUGGACCAGUACAGAGCAAGUCUUGUUGAUGCAAUGAAGAGAUUACUCAAACCUAAUGGAAAAGUGCUUGUGUUUGCCCCCCAGAGAGGCAAAACUUUAAACCAGUUUUGCAGUCUUGCAGAGAAAGCUUGUUUAACUGCCCAAAGGCUUACGAAUUACGACGACCACGUUUGGAACUUUCAUCUGAAGAUGAAAGAUGAAAAAAACAAGAAAUAUGAUGAGAACCUCCACUAUCCUGUCCUGGUCACUCUAACUAAGCAGGAAACAGCCAUCAAUGCCCAACCAAGCUGAGAUAUGUGAUGCACUGACAUUUUCCUGGUUCUUCUAGCAGCUGCACUCAGCAAAAUGAAAGCACAGUUAGGAUGCUGAUAUUGGAAGGAAUACUUUUGUUGUCGAAGAUUAAGGAAAAUUCACAAGUGUAAACUUACGUCUUCUCUCAUCCAGGAAAUCCUCAGAAUUUGCAAUGUUCCACAUUUUUCCAAUUAAAGCAAUUUGCCUCACUGAAAAUGGUAUAUAUAUAUUGUAAAGCAAUCUACUGAAUGUCCCAUGGAAUGACCAAAUGUUAGCCAUUUCAAAUUCAAAUAUGUGUCACACAACAUUGAUGAAAAGAAGUACAGAAGAGACAGAACUGGAAACCAUGGAAUGGGGAAUUGAUUCUAUUCAGGAAAAAACUUGAAAGUUCACAGUCACAACUGAGUUAUCAAGGCCUUCUUAACCAGAAUGUGUUCUACAUUUCAGUUUCCCACUUAUAUUCAACAUGUAUUUUUUUUGUCUUAACUGUUUUGCUAUUUUAAUUACAUUAAUGCUAUUUCCAACUUUGAUGGUAUGUCCUGUGUUUUGUUAACCAUAUCCUUCCACCCUGGUUUCUCAGUUUUAAAAGUUUAAUAACUAUUGGGAAGUGCUUUUAUACUUUCCAUUUGAUCAUGUGCAAUGCACCUCUCUAAGAGCAAAUGGCUGGUAUGUUGAAAAUCCUAUUAAAGGGCUAAAGAGUUUAAUCUACAAAAUAUUCUUGGCCAGAUUCCAGUUUGCUUUACUGUAGUGAGUCACCUAGCUUGACAAGACUUCAAGCUUAUAACUUGGUGGAAAAUUCGUACAGUUGUAUUUCAAAAUGCACACAUCCACUAGUGUAUGAAACUGAUUUUUGUACUUCACGAUUUAGAUCCACACAGCAGGUUGCAAAUGUAUUGUUUGCAGUGUUUUGGUAGCAUACCAUUAUAUCACUGAAAUGAGAACUUGCCUAUUCAUGCAUACAACUGGAUUGCAAGAUUGCCAGUUGAAAACAAAUUAUAACCAUGCAUGGUGCUGAACCCUAAACAUAAAGACAACUGAAAAGUCACAAUUCACCUAUCAAUUGUGUUUUUAUUUUGUAAUUUUGGGGCUGGAUGGGAGGCCCAUUGGAGUGGAAAGAGGAAGCCAUAAUCCUGGUAGAAAAUUUCUCAUGUGGAAUAUGUCUAGAUUUCCAAUUAUGUAAAAUGAAUUGUAGAAUUGUAUUUUAUAGCAUGGGGUACCCAGUUAGAUUAGUGAAUCUGUGACAGCUCUCUGAAAUAACUUCCAAAUUAGCCCUACUCAUUCUCUGCAAUCUUCUUUAAAUAUUCUUGUUUAAAACUUACCUUUUAUAGAUUAGUAUGAACUCUACUACUACUUUCUGGCAAGAUAUUCCAAAGCUGAAGAAUCCCAUCAAAUUAAAAAAUGUCUAAGCUCAGGGACUUUGGUAUUGAUGUUGGAUUUGUGCCCUCUUACCAAAUCAUUGACUUUAUCAGACCCCUGAAAAAAUUUGAACAGUUUUUCUGUAAAUACCAUAAGAUGUAAGAGUAGAAGUAGCCCAUUAGCUCACCCGUUCUGCUCUGCCAUUCAACGGGAUCAUGGAUGAUUUGAUAAUCCUCAGCUCCACUUUCUUCCUUUUUCCCAUAACCCUUGAUUCCCUUUACUGAUUAAAAGUCAUACAGCCUGUGAUGGUGAAAUAUUCCAGAGAUUCAGUACCCUUUGAGAGAAAAACCUCCUCCUCAUCCUUGUCAUAAGUGGGUGACCACUUAUCCUGACAUUAAGCUUUCUCAUCCUGAACUCUCCCACAUGGGGGAACAGCCUUUCCACAUCCACCCUGUCAAACCUCCUAGGACACAUGUAUAAUCUUGUAUUCAAUAAGGUCACCUGUCUUGUUUCUAAAUGUCAAUGAAUAUAGGCCCAACCCGCUGCAGCUCCUUCAUAGGAAAAUAUGUGCAUACCUGGUAGCAGUCUAGUGAACCUCCUCUGGACUGUCUCUGUUAUCAAUAUAUCUUUCCUUAGAUAAGGGGCCCUAAACUGUUCAGAGCAUUCCAGUUGUGCCUGACUACUGCCUUGUACUCUUUUAGCAAAUCUCCCAACUUUUAUACUCCAAUCCCUUUGAAGUAAAGGCCAGCAUUUCAGUAUCCUUCCCAAUUUGCCACUGAAGUUAAAUGUUAGCUUUUUGUGAUUCAGGCAUGAAGACGCCUAAAUCCCUCUGUUCUGUAGCUUUCUUCAGUCUUCCUCCAUUAAAAAAAAAUUCAGUUCCUCUUCUUCCUGUUAACGGGCAUAACAUCAUACUUUACCACACUGUAUUCCAUCCACCAGACCUUUGACCACUCAUUUAACCUGUUUUUAUUGCUCUACAAAUUCUUUGUUAUCCUCACCACUUGUCUUCCUAGCUAUUUUUUCGCCAUCUGCAAACUUGGCUGGAGUGCACUCCACUUUCCCAUUCCAAAUCAUUAAUAUAUAUUGUAUGUAAUUAUGGCCUCAGUGUCGAUCCCUGUGGAUGUCCACUAGUAACAGGUUGGCAACCUGAAAAUGCUGCAAAUCCCAACUCACUGUUUGCUGUUAGUUGGCCAAUCAUCUAUCCAUGUUAACAUACUACCUUCUUGUUACCUCCUCAAAUAGUUCUCUUUUUCUUCUUCCUUCAAUGAAAAGAGUUACUCUGCUCAUUAAUAAAGUGAUUCAUUUUUGAUAUCACAAUUAAGCUGUUUAUAAUUACUGAAUGAGAUCCUUUCAAAAGUAGGAUUCAAAAAACAAGAAACAUAAUUUCAAGUAAAUCCUAGCCAGUAUUUAUUUAUUUUGUACUAUUUAUGACUAUUUGGCUACUUGACAUUUUGACAACUUCAACCUCUGUUUUCAAAGAUUCGUUUAUCUGAACCUUGCUCUCUAAUACUGUAUUGUAAACUUUUACCAAUUUGUUUACAGUUGAACAUUGUGGGAUGUUUUACUAUAUCAAAGAUGUAAUUUCAAGCAAGUUGCUGUUGUCAAUAGUGCUUUCUUCACUCACUUCAAAAUGUAACAUUUCAGCAUUCAAUUUCAUCUAGCGUCUAUCUACACAAUCAAUAUAUUAAUCUGUAUGCUCCCAAAGUUAUUAACUGCACGCAUCAUAGUUCAACAGGACCCUUGCCGUAUCAUCUGUAAAUGUUAAUAUUGUGCAUCAAUCCAGAUCAUUUAUAAUAUUGGAAAAUGUCUUUGAACACACUAUUUACAUUCCUCCAAUUGAAAAAUAUCUAUGAAUAGUCAU